AUGGAUGAUGAUGGUGAUAAUGAAACAGAUGAUAAUGGUGAUGAUAGUAGUGGCGAUGACAGUGGUGAUGAUAAUGAAGGAGGAGCCAGUUCGGAGUACCUAGAAGUAAGAUUUUCAGAUUCACAAUUUGAUGACAACCCUUUACAUGGAAAUUGGGUUGUUCCUGGAGUAGAAAAUUAUGUAAUUGAGGCAACGCAACCUGAAGUGUUGAUUCCCUACCAGGGUGAUAUGUUUUCCCAAGGCGCACUAUUUAAAAGUAAACAGAAACUGAUUUUGGCUUUUGGACAAUAUUGUGUUCAUGUGAAGAUAGAUUAUAGAAUCAGACGUUCGUGCAUUAUUCGAUUUGAGGUCGGUUGCAAAGAUAUGAACUGCAAGUUUCUGCUUCGUGCUAUUGUCAUAGGGAGUUUGUUCUCAAAACGAGUGGCAAUCAGUGAAUAUACACCUGGAAUGCUAAUUGGGGAGUUGUUAGAGCAACAUAGUGUGCAGAUCAUGUACACUAAAGCUUGGAGGUCUUUACAGUUUGCAAAGAGACUUGCUUACGGCAAUGCAGAUGAGCCAUUUCAGCAGCUACCCUCAUAUUUUCACAUGUUGAAAGAAACAAAUCAUGGCAGUAUCACGAUAAUAGAAAUUGAUGAAAAUAAUCAUUUAUUAUAUUCAUUUUUUGCUCUUAGAGCUUCCCUUAAGGGUUUUCGAUCUUACAUAAGACCAAUUGUUUCCGUUGACGCCACCCACUUAAAAGGUAAAUACAAAGGGGUGAUUUUUGUUGCCAUUUGCAAAGAUGGUGAGGAGAUGAAUUAUCCUAUCGCUUUUGGAUUUGGAUAUGGUGAGUCUGACAGAUCAUGGAUUUGGUUUUUGACAAAAUUAAGGGAGGCUAUCGGCAUGCUAGAGGAUUUGAUCAUCGUAUCCGAUUGA